AUGAGAACUACUAAUAUUAAUAAUAAUACAGAGAAGCGAAUAUCUUGGAAUAAAUAUAUACAUUUUAGCAUAAAUAUAAGUUAUAGACUUAAACAAUUAGAAUCUCAAUGGAAUCAACCUCAAAGUGAUAUAUCACUAAUUGAAUGGUAUAUUGGGAGAUUUAUUCUAACACAAGAAAUAGAUAAUAAACAAAAGGAAUCAUUAAUUAAUGAUUACUUAGAUAUCCUAUCAAAAGUUAUAACUGACGGGAUUAUUCAUAUUGUAGAUUCUUAUAAUGAUCCAAUAGAUAAUAAAGAGAUACGUCUAUUAAAAUCUGAUAGGCUAUUCUUUCCACAAGUUUGGGAUUGUUGUGAUAAAUCUAUUUAG